AUGACAGAUGCAACCAGCAAUCCACUUUUUGGCUUGUGGCAACCCACUCAACUCCAACGCCUCUACUACGGCAGCGGUGUUGUUUCCAAAAACCUGCUAGACUGCUUGCCAAAUGAGACCAGCAAAGCAUUCAUCAUCACUGGCAAUUCUCUAGCGACCAAGACCCCUCUUGUCCAAGACGUGGAGAGAUUGCUAGGAUCGAAACACGCUGGCACUUUCUCCAAGAUUAGAGAACACGCGCCUGUCGCUCAACUGAAUGAAGCAAUCGAGGUCGUAAAAAAUGAUAGCUCCGUCGACACUAUAAUAUCUAUCGGCGGUGGCUCCCCUAUCGAUAGCGCAAAAGCUAUCAGCUACAAGCUCCACACCCAGAGCGACAAGUGGCUGUACCACAUCACUAUCCCCACCACCUUAUCUGCAUCAGAAUGCACCAUGAUGGCAGGCUAUACUGAGGUGAACGGCGUUAAGACCGGCGUUGGCGCAAAGGAACUUGUCCCCCACGUCAUCCUGUACGACUCAAUGUUCGUCCUCUACACCCCCCAACGCCUAUGGACAUCCACCGGUCUCCGCGCCCUAGAUCACGCCCUAGAGCUCCUCUAUCACCCCACCGCCUCCGAGAUACCCGCGCGCAUGCUCUGUCUCCAAGCCGCAGGUGAAAUCUUUACUUAUCUGCCCCGGUACAUUCAAAACCCAAAGGAUGAAAAUAUCAUCACCCGCUUGCAAUUGGCCUCCUUCGCUAGCCUAGGCUUUCUAGGCCAUAAUACCAAAGGUAGCCUUGGCCUCUCUCAUACUCUGGGUUAUGCACUCGGUAGCCCUUACGGUAUUCCGCAUGGCGUCACAUCGUGUCUCACGCUCGGCCAUGUGGUGAAGUUCAAGGCACGGGAUCUUGAGGCUGCGAAGCAGAUAGCGCGUUUGCUGCCCUUCAUUAACGAGUCGCCGUCGGGAGAUGUGCAAGUUGAUGCAGAGAGAGUUGGCGAGAGGGUGUUCAAGCUCGUGCAGAGGUUAGGCUUGGAUGUGGAUUUGGGGGGUUACAAGGUUGGGAGGGAACAGAUUCCGGUCAUCACCCAGAAGGUCACUGGGGCUGAAGAUGGGCUGGUUUACGAUGUCGUUGAGGGUUUGGUGAAGGAAUUGUUUGUGUGA